CGCGGGGGAGCCGAGCCGGGGCCGGGGCCCGAGCCGCAGCGGGAGGCGCCGGGGCGGGCGGCGGAGAUGGCGGCGGCGGCCGCGGCGGCCGCGGCGGCGGAGGAAGGGAUGGAGCCGCGGGCGCUGCAGUACGAGCAGACGCUGAUGUAUGGAAGGUAUACUCAAGACCUCGGGGCCUUUGCCAAAGAAGAAGCGGCACGGAUCCGCCUGGGAGGGCCCGAGACAUGGAGAGGCCCGCCGUCCCCCCGGACACCCCCGGAACUCCUGGAAUACAGGAAGAGCCGCUGUGCCCCAUGCCGAAUCUGCUCCGUGCGCUGCCACAAGUUCUUGGUGUCCCGGGUGGGUGAAGACUGGAUCUUUCUGGUCCUGCUGGGCCUGCUCAUGGCACUGGUCAGCUGGGCCAUGGACUACGCCAUCGCGGCGUGCCUGCAGGCUCAGCAGUGGAUGUCCCAAGGCUUAAACACCAACAUUCUGCUCCAGUACCUGGCCUGGGUCACCUACCCCGUGGUGCUCAUCACCUUCUCAGCUGGCUUCACGCAGAUCCUGGCUCCUCAGGCCGUCGGGUCCGGCAUCCCCGAGAUGAAGACCAUCUUGCGGGGCGUGGUGCUCAAGGAAUACCUCACGCUCAAGACCUUCGUGGCGAAGGUCAUCGGGCUGACCUGUGCCCUGGGCAGCGGGAUGCCCCUGGGCAAGGAGGGCCCCUUUGUGCAUAUCGCCAGCAUGUGUGCCGCCUUGCUCAGCAAGUUCCUGUCUCUCUUUGGGGGUAUCUAUGAGAACGAGUCCCGGAACACGGAGAUGCUGGCGGCCGCCUGCGCCGUGGGAGUGGGCUGCUGCUUUGCCGCGCCCAUCGGAGGCGUCCUGUUCAGCAUCGAGGUCACAUCCACCUUCUUCGCCGUUCGAAAUUACUGGCGCGGCUUCUUCGCCGCCACCUUCAGCGCCUUCAUCUUCCGUGUUCUGGCUGUCUGGAACCGUGAUGAAGAAACCAUCACCGCUCUCUUCAAAACCCGGUUCCGCCUCGACUUCCCCUUCGACCUGCAGGAGCUGCCGGCCUUCGCGGUCAUCGGGAUUGCAAGUGGCUUCGGGGGGGCCCUCUUCGUCUACCUGAACCGCAAGAUCGUGCAGGUGAUGCGCAAGCAGAAAACCAUCAACCGUUUCCUCAUGAAGAAACGCCUGCUCUUCCCGGCACUGGUGACCCUGCUCAUCUCCACGCUGACCUUCCCCCCUGGCUUCGGACAGUUCAUGGCUGGGCAGCUUUCCCAGAAAGAGACGCUGGUCACCCUCUUUGACAACCGGACGUGGGUCCGCCAGGGCCUGGUGGAGGACCUGGAACCUCCCGGAACCUCCCAGGCCUGGAGCCCACCGCGUGCUAAUGUCUUCCUCACCCUGGUCAUCUUCAUCCUCAUGAAGUUCUGGAUGUCAGCGCUGGCUACCACCAUCCCGGUCCCCUGCGGGGCCUUCAUGCCCGUCUUCGUCAUCGGAGCGGCAUUUGGGCGGCUGGUGGGUGAGAGCAUGGCCGCCUGGUUCCCAGAUGGCAUCCACACAGACAGCAGCACCUACCGGAUCGUGCCAGGGGGCUAUGCGGUGGUGGGGGCUGCCGCCCUGGCGGGAGCAGUCACACACACAGUGUCCACGGCCGUGAUCGUGUUCGAGCUGACGGGCCAGAUCGCCCACAUCCUGCCGGUCAUGAUCGCUGUCAUCCUGGCCAACGCGGUGGCGCAGAGCCUGCAGCCCUCACUCUAUGACAGCAUCAUCCGCAUCAAGAAGCUGCCGUACCUCCCGGAGCUAGGCUGGGGCCGCCACCAGCAGUACCGCGUCAGGGUGGAGGACAUCAUGGUGCGGGAUGUCCCCUACGUGGCGCUCAGCUGCACCUUUCGUGACUUGCGGGUGGCACUGCACAGGACCAAGGGCCGUAUGCUGGCCCUCGUGGAGUCCCCUGAGUCCAUGAUCCUGCUGGGCUCCAUCGAGCGCUCCCAGGUGGUGGCACUGCUGACAGCCCAGCUGAGCCCCGCGCGCCGGCGGCAGCACAUGCAGGAGCGGAAGGCGGCGCAGACCUCCCCCACGUCCGAUCAGGAGAGCUCCCCGAGCCCCGAGACUUGUGUCCGCUUUCAGGUGAACACAGAGGAGUCAGGCUUCCCUGCACCCCGGGGGGACACUCACAAGCCUCUGAAACCUGCUCUCAAGCGGGGUUCCAGCAACUUGGGGGAGAGCCCCGUAGGUAACAUGGAGCAGGCUGGCAUCGCCCUCCGGAGCCUCUUCUGUGGCAGCCCGCCCCCCGAAGCGUCAGAGUCCAAGUCGGAACCGUGCGAAAGGCGCAAACUGAAGCGAGUCCGAAUCUCCCUGGCAAGCGACUCGGACCUGGAAGGCGAGAUGAGCCGGGAGGAGAUUCUGGAAUGGGAAGAGCAGCAGCUGGACGAGCCCGUUAACUUCAGCGACUGCAAGAUCGACCCGGCGCCUUUCCAAUUGGUGGAACGCACUUCCCUGCACAAGACACACACCAUCUUCUCACUGCUGGGAGUGGACCACGCUUACGUCACCAGCAUCGGCCGACUCAUCGGCAUCGUCACCCUCAAGGAGCUCCGGAAGGCCAUUGAGGGCUCUGUCACAGCCCAGGGCGUGAAGGUCCGGCCACCUCUGGCCAGCUUCCGGGACAGUGCCACCAGCAGCAGCGACACAGAGACCACUGAGGUGCAUGCGCUCUGGGGGCCCCGCUCCCGCCACGGGCUCCCCCGGGAAGGCAGCCCCUCUGACAGCGACGACAAGUGCCAGUGAGCAGCCCCGCCGUGCCACACCACGGGCCCCUCUGCCAAGGGCAUGCAGCUCUCGGAGGCUGAGCCCCCCCCACUGCCCACC